UUAGGAUAAGUCGAGGAAUAUAUAUCUAUCAAAAUAUUCAAAGUAAACUCUCUACAUAUGGAAACCGUAGUAAUAUCAAUUAUAAAAUACAAAUGUAAUUUGAGUUGUAUAUUAUUUUUUGACUUAAGACAAAGUCCAAUUUCUUUUUAUUUUUUUUUGUAAUUAUCCUUUUUUUUUUCUUUAUAUAACCAAACAUACCUCAAAGUAUUAUUCACUACAAAGAAAACCUUCCUUUUGUUAUCAAAAUUUUUUAAUUACUUCUUCUUGUUAUAAUUAUAAUUUAUAUUCGAUAAGAAUUUUUAUACUUCACCAAAAAGUGAAAUGGCACCACCACCAUUACCAUCAACUACUAUUGUUCCACCGUUUGUUAGCCUUAUUGUGAGGGUUGCUACGUUAAUUUUCUUGUUGAUUUCACUCAUCGUGAUUGCCACCAACACUCAUACUACGAGUCUAAAUUUUAUUAAUAUCAAAACAAAGUCUACCAACUUUUAUGCAUACAGAUAUUUGAUUUCUAGUGUGGUUAUUGGAAUGGCAUACACUCUUCUCCAAACUGCAUUUUCAAUUUUCUUUGUGACCACUGGAAAUAGACUAGGUGGUGAGGGUCUCUGUCUAUUAGACUUCUAUGGUGACAAGUUUAUUUCCUACUUUCUUGCUACUGGAGCAGCAGCAAGUUUUGGUAUGACAGAAGAAUUGAGGAGACUUACAAACAGUGAUAUGGAUAAAUUUCUCAACACUUCAAAUGCUGCAGCCAGUCUAUGUCUUUUUGGAUUCUUUUUUUCUGCUGCUUCAUCUAUUUUUUCAUCUUAUAAUCUUCCAAAAAGAGCUUGAUAUAAAAUAAAAAUAUAAAAAAAAAUAGUUUUUUUUCAAGUGGGUUGAUUUAAUUGAGAGAUUAUUUCAAGAUUCUUUUGUAAUAUAUUUGGGUCAAGUCAUAUAGUGUUGGGUUGUAAUUUGUAUUUAAAUUGUAUCUAUAUCGUUAAGUAAUUUUUGUUUUGAGAAUUGUGUUGUUAUUAAUUUCUUAUGUAAUUUUUGUUUUGAGAAUUGUGUUGUAUUUGGUGUUUUCAUGUAUAUUGUCAUUCUAGUAAUUUGUAUUUUGCAAAGUA